CCGGCCGGGGAGGUCUGCCGUCGGGGGCUCUGCGGUCCGCCGAGCGUGCGUUCGAUUCGCUUUGCCCUCUUAUUCGCCAUGGCCGGCAGCAAUGACUGAUUCUGAGCUGACCCUGAAGGACUCCGUGAUGGGCCACGUGCAGCCGAUGGCGGCGUCCCCUCUGGAGGAAGAGGUCCGCAAGCGGCCCCUGGACGGACCCGAGGACGGCGCGCCGCACAAGCGGCUGAAGGCGGCCGAGGCGUGGUGCAACGAGACACCGCCGCCGUCGCCGCACGAGUCCUCGUCCGACGCCAGCGAGGACGAGUCGGAUGAGGAAGACGAGGACGAGGAGCCGGAGCGCGGCUACCAGGGCAGCAUCCUGGCGUCAUGCCUGCUGUCUGACAAGCGGACGGCGUUUGCGCCGGACGCCGAGCCGGCCUACAGCCCGGCGUGCGAGCUGGGCCGCGCAGGGCCCGCGUUCGGCGGCUGGUACCCAGACAGCGGCUUCCAGCGGCCGCAGAACCAGACGGUCGAGUGCGACGGUAAGAGCUACAUCCAGCUGGGCGCGGUGCCGCCGCGCCGCGAGCGCUCGCAGUUCUACCGGUACCAGCGCUUCACCGUGCUGCACGCCACCAUGGUGAAGCUCAGCCGACACCGGCGCAUGAUGGACCCGCUGCUGCGCAAGUCGGUGCUGCUGUUCAACACGAUGCGCCACAUUGAGCGCGAACUGGAGCAGGAGGGGCUGAGUCUGGCGGCCGCGUUCAACCCGCACCACUUCGACAGCGGCCCGCUGACGCUGGACCCG